GUGAUUGGUCGACUCGAUAUCGGCGCCUCUUGCUUUACGAAAGUUAACUGGGAGGGAAGCCAAGUAAGGAAAGCGUCUGUGUCCUCUCGCGUUCGCCGUUCAUUUGCGCCGUUGUCUAACGUUAGCUAUAGGGCUAACAAACAUGGCUACUUCCACCGGGACACAUAAGGGCACUGUUGGCACAGAGGCAACGUCAUGACUUCAAUACGACCUUAACCCAUGUGUCACUGCUGACACUGGUGGGAAGUAACAUCAGCAUUAUGGAGAUCAGCACCACCGCUGGCAGCACCUUUCCACAUGGGGAUGGAGACGUGAUGGAUCCCUCUCCUCCAUCAUCCAGAAUAUCCAUAGACAAGCUGCUUCCGGCUUUGUUGAAAUGUUUUGGGAUCAUCCUGUGCGGCUACAUAGCUGGGAGGGCCCGCAUUAUCACAUCUACUCAGGGUCAAGGUUUAGGCAAUUUUGUGUCCAAGUUUGCCCUGCCUGCGCUCUUGUUUAAGAAUAUGGUGCUGCUGGACUUUGGGAACGUCAUCUGGCCGUUCAUCUGGAGCGUUCUCAUAGCCAAAGUGUCUGUGUUUGCCAUCGUUUGUAUCCUGACGCUGGUAGCUUCCAGUCCCGAAAGUCGCUACAGCAAAGCUGGACUCUACUCUAUAUUUGCCACCCAAAGCAAUGACUUCGCUUUGGGUUAUCCAAUUGUUAAAGCUCUAUAUGAGACCACAUAUCCAGAAUACAUCCAGUACAUCUACCUGGUGGCACCUGUGUCGCUCAUGCUGCUCAAUCCCAUUGGCUUUGCCUUUUGUGAGGUCCAGAAAUGGAAGGAUAAGCGUGACCAGCAGCAGGGCAAACUUCUGAUUGUGGGACAAGUGGUGCUACACGUCCUCAAGAACCCGAUAGUUUUCAUGGUCGUUAUUGGCAUCGCGGCCCACUUUAUCCUGCACCAGAAGAUACCUUCCUUCAUGGAGGACUUUGUGGAUGGUUUGGCCAACUCCUUCGGGGGGGCCGCUUUGUUCUACUUGGGUCUGUCCAUGGUGGGGGAGCUGAAAAAAUUAACCAGGUCCACUGUUGUGACGCUGAUAUUACUCUUGACUGCAAAAUUGUUGCUGAUGCCUCUGAUUUGUAAAGAUAUGGUGGAUCUUCUAGACAGCACUAGCCCUUUGAACCACUCGAGUCUCUCAGACUAUGCCUUUCUUUAUGGAGUGUUCCCCACAGCGCCCAGCGUCGCUAUCUACGCUGCGUAUUACAACGCACAGCUGGAAGUGGUUAUUUCCGGAAUGGUGAUCAGCACUUUGCUCUCAGCUCCAAUAAUGUUUACCUCCGCCUGGCUGCUCACCCUCCGCUGGAUGGAUCCUCGGCUUCUGAUGAACGCAUUACAAGAUGUCAGCUUUGAUAUAAGCAUUGUCAGCUUAGUGGCACUGCUGUGGACUAUUGCAGUCAUGUUUUUUAGUAAGAAGUUCAAGAGACUGCCUCAUCUGUUUUCAACCAACCUUUUCUUGGCACAGUUCCUUACUUGUUUUGGAAUGAUGCUUUGGAAAUUUGUGGUGAGGGGAGACAACUUUAUCGGUCAGAUCUUGUCUUUUACGCUCCUGUGCACCUCACUCUACUGCACUUACGUCUGGCCAGGCUUCAUUGCACUCUCUCUUGUGCUCUUGAGAAGGUUUGACCGUCUGAAGGUUUCUUCUGGCAUGUUUGUCAUUGUGAGCUGGGGGAUCCCUGCAUUCACAACUGCUGUGUUGCUAAUCUGUGGGGAAAAACUGCAUGACACCUUAGACUCGUCGCAAUUUUACAGCAAAACGCAGAUCAUCUGCAGCACAAUUGUGCUCGCCCUCAGUGUGGCACUAUCAGGGAGUUCCCUGGUGUUUCUCAGUAGAGGAAGCUGGUCCCAAAAAGACCGAAGUCAAGGGGCAAACACCUCCGUGGAAGACCUUGUGACUGAAACUGAACAAGAUAACCACUCUAUGUUUGAACCAGAAGUCCAUUCAGAAGAUCUCAACAGAGCGUGCCUCAUGUGUGAAUCUGCACCACCCCAGCCCAUGCCUGACAUGAUCAUCAGCACCGAUAUGAACCACACAGCAAACUCACUCACAGCCCAAAGUGAGAAUAGCAAUGAUUCAACAGUGUGCCUUGUGUUCAGAGUGGAAGAGCUCAAUCAGGAUGAAGAUAGACAAGUGGCCCGUCAUGUGCUCUUAUGUUUGCUUCUGACUGUCGGCUCGCUCGCUAACUUGUCCAGAUGCGUAUGGUUGCUCUUUUACCAAGACCCAGGUAGACUGUACGUGGAGCUCCAGUUCUUUUGUGCCGUGGCCAACUACGGGCAGGGCAUUCUCUCCUUUGUGCUGUUUGGCCUGGACAAACAUUUGGUUAUACUACCGUUUUGGAAGAGGCUGCACAGACUGUGGUAUAGAAAGAGGCAAGAAGAGCAACCGCGAAGUAACGUGCCCGAAGAGAUCAGGAUGACAUGCACUGACUUCAUCGAACGCCAUAAGGACCAGUGCUUUCAUGACAUUGUCAGGAAGAGGAGGUGUGGAAUACGGAAAAUGGUGGACUGUUUCCUGGGCUGUGAACUUGUGGAGUGGCUCCAGCAGGUGGGCUUGGCUGAGGAUCAACCUGCGGCCGUACUCUACGGCACGUGCUUGCAGCAGGGUGGCGUUCUUCAGCACAUCGAGCAGGAAUGCUGCUUCCAAAACGCUCCGAUUUAUUACUCCUUUGUGACCUAAGCUGUCACCCAAUGAGCACUUUUAACUUCAGCACUGUAUGAAGAUGGCUACUUUACACGUGUACGCUUCAUAUAAUGCAUGAAAAUGCUUUAGCUCAACCAGAGGCUAUUAUUCAGGGCUGCAUGAGCGUUGCAACAACAUUGACGAUCAUCGUUGCUGUCUGAGAGGGGUUCAAAUUCGAGUAUUUUUUUAAGACGUGAUUACAUGGGUGGAAAUUCAUUAGUUACCGUAUAUCUGAACUAAUGAUAGGAUCUUAUACAAGAGCUGUAUCAAAUGUCUUUUGUACAGCUAUUCUGUUGGCAUUGUAGGGGUGUAAAUGUAGCCUUACUGGUAUCUGUCUUGUCUUUUUAGACAAAGAAUCCGACGGACCCAAACAUGCAUGGUAUCAAAAGAGUUGCACCUUUCAAAAAUGACAUAUGUGAGUGGUCAUCAUCUUUUGUCAGUUUUGUAAUCACUAGGCUAACGGCCAUGGAUGAACAUUGUGACGCCAGAGACAGUCACAUGACAUAUUUUGGAAGAGUAAUUGGCUGGAAAUGGCUUUACAACAGAAUAUUUUAUUCCUUACCACAAAUAUGGCCGUACGUUGACAUUGCUUAUUCAGCAUAACUCCAAAUGACCCAAAUGCUCAAUACAUAACCCUAAAAGUUUUUUUUUUUUUUUUUUAUGAUAGUACUGCCAACCUUUUAUUUUAUGCAAGUCAAGACAAGUACUUCAUAUUUGUUAUGUUUGGUGCCAGUAUGUAAGGGAAUAUGUACAAAGAAGUGACGUGACUUCUCUGUUUACCUCACUACCAAAGAAUGGAAGAUUAAUUUUAUUUUGUUUGGUCUCUUUGUUUGAAGCAUCAUACACAGGGGCUUUUUCCAUGGUGAGUAUUAACAAAAAGCAAAGACUUGACCUUUUUUUUUUAACGACAAAAAAACAGUAUGUCGUUUGGACAUUUAAAAAGGGCAAUUAACUAAGAUUUUUUUUUUUAUUAGUGAUAAUACUGUACAAAAGACAGGAGCGUAAAAACGUGAAUUUUAUUUUCUCUCAGGUAAAAUAUAACUGCAAUUAUUGUUUGGUAUAUAUAUUUUAUGCUCAUGCCACAUUUUGUACAGUGCUGCUUAUUUAUGGAUUGUUUUGAAUAAAUCUGCACAGACUGCA